ACCUGUAUGUUAUAGAAUUAUAGAAUCUUAACUUUUGUUCGCGGGAUAUCAAGUUAUAGAAUUUACUAUUUGUACUACUCUUUCACACAGUACAAAAGAAUCCCUGUUUAUUGAAAACUGAAAAGUUGAAGUAUUGUAUGUAAAAAUUGGUUAGCCAUGCGCGCUGUGAUGUGGGGAACUGUUAAUUUUAAAGGGGUAUAGCGUAAUUAUAUAAUCAAUGCAAACGUGAAAUAAAAUUUAAAUCACAUUCGAUCAGUAAGGAGAAAAACACUUUAUAUGCGGUUUUAUCAUUUCGACACUUACGAAGAAGGUUUGGUUCCAGAAAUCGUCAAUACAAAAUGAGGAAACAAAAGUGAUAUUUCAUAUUGAGAUUUAAAGAUGUCAAACAAGAUCGGUGACCCAAACUUUUCUAAUAAUAAGAAACUCAACAAGAUAAACUUUGUAACACCGUUCACCAAAUCCUACCACCUAAACCAUAAAUGGGAUCUUAAAAAUGGUUACACCGUGCGGCCUCAAGAAUCCUACUUAAAAAAAGACAACUUCUUGUACAUAGACGAUGAUGUCAGUGAAUAUGAUGACGAGGAACCUACAAAAUCGUCAGACGGAAGGACGACGGACGAUUUAGGUACAUGUGUCACAGCUAUCGGCAUCAUAUGUGUCAUUUUCCUGCCGGUUUGUGCUAUUUUAGUCGCCGUUGGAGCGUCCACGCCGUAUUGGUAUGACACGGCGGGAACACACAGUAUGGGCUUGUUUCAGAGGUGCGACCUGUCGACGUCAACAUGUGAAUACAUUGAUACCUAUCUCUCAACCGCAUCUUCAUAUAUGGAUUUUACUUGGAAAUUAGUGACAGGUUUGGAACUAUCAGGGGCCUGUCUUUUGUUGCUGGCUUCUCUAUUUUCCUGCUGUUAUCUGGCGUGUAAAGAAAUUGACUUUUCCAAAACCAGCUAUGGUAUUCUCAUCUCCAUUAUAAUCAUGCUAGGAGCGGGGUGUGCAGUUAGUGGCACAGUUUUGAUGACGUCAUAUUACAUCACCAAUCUACAGACGUGGACAUUGGAUUGGUCAUUUUACACAGCUGCUGUGGGGUCGGGCAUUUCAUUCCUUGUUUUCUGUCUCUAUAUUUUAUAUGUGUUUUUAUUAACUUUUGCUGAUUAAAAU